AGAGAGAGAGAGAGAGAGAGAGAGCUAUGGCGAUUCUGAAAUAUGCAGUAGUACUAUUGAUGAUUGUAUUGGGUUGCAUCCAUAAUACAGUAGAAGCUUCGUUUAGUGAGGAACCAAAAGUCAUACGUGUAGAUGGGAAAGUACUAUGCCAGGACUGCACCCAAGGUUGGAAUGAAUGGAUUCAUGGUGCCAGACCCAUCAAAGCUGGUAAAGUAUCUGUUACGUGUAUGGAUGAGAGAAGAAGAGUUGUGUACUAUGGAAGCGAUUUGACGGAUGAGAUGGGCCAGUUCGACUUGACCAUAAACAAGUACACUAUCCAUGGUAAAGAACUCCAGGCUAAUGGAUGCUCGGUGAGGUUGGUGUCUUCCCCAGAUGCUACUUGUAACGUUCUAACUGAUUUUGCCGGUGGGCGUUCCGGGGUUAAGCUCCAACGCCCGAAUUUGGUGUACCGGGAUUUGGUCAAGUACACUCUUGGUCCGUUCUACUAUACCACUCCAAUGUGUGAAGAACCUGAUACUCAUGAUGAUGGCAAGGGACACAACUACUAAUUCCACAAUUACUCGAUCAACCAAGUUCUAUUAUGUUCCGUUAUUGCAUGUGAUUGUUAAUUUGUCAUGAUAUAAGCUUUGUUGCCUAAUGUAGAAAGUAUUGCAUUUAAAUC